AUGCCGCUCGGCGACGUCAGAGACGCCUCACUGCGCUCCCCGACGGCAGCGACCACGUCGGUUGCGUCGUUCUGGGGCGAUUCUCAUCAUGAUCGAGGCGCCGCUACCGCUGCCGCUUCCACAAAGUCGCCGUCAACGUUUCCGACGACCGCUGCGUUGGCGCCGCUGACUUCUUCCACCUCCUCGUGGUCGUCGGUGACGGUGGCGAACAACACGCGUGGCACCCGCAACGCUGCAUACAAGGGCACACGCGCCCCCAGUGGUGCGACCACGCCAGCUGGACUGGUGGCGCUCAGCAGCGAAGGUAAGCGCACACCGUCGCAGAAGUCAUCGGUCGUGUCGGCAGACCUCAGCAGUCACUCAGAGCGCCUCAACGGCAGCAUUGGGGGAGGCGCUGGAAUUGGCACCUUCAAGUACACAGCCGCGUCGUUGGUGGUGGAGCCACCGCAUUCAACGAUGCCGACCACCCUUCGCGACAGCGACGACGGAGACGAUGAAGCUUUCGAUAUCAUUGAGGAGAGCAUCAAGCGCCAGCUCGUCAGCAUCGAGGAGGAUGAGCUCGUCAGCGCGACGACGCACGACAACUUAGCGGCCGCUUUACGGCAGACACUUCAGCUGCAGCCGCACCAGCACCCGCAACAGCAUCGCCACUUAGCAGUGCAGCUGCGGGGCGGCGCCUCCAGCGAGGCUGCCGGUGCGCGUCGGACCGGCGGCGAUGAUCGCAUAAUUCACAUCACUAGCGCUGCUGCACCCCCUGCUCUUCAGUCGGCUGCUGCAGCUGCUGCCGUUCGGCAAGGGGAGAUAACAACGAUCCGCUGCUCUUCGUCGCCCGUGUCGGUCGUGGAGCAGCUCGCUGCCAUCAGCAUUGCCCAGUCAUCCAUGCCUAAGGCAAGUGUGCCUCUCACCAGUGCAAGCUGUGGCGACGCGAAGGGUUUUCGCUCGAAGCCACCGCCAUGGCAACCACAGUCUCCCCAGGCACCCGCUCAGAAGGCUGUGCAACUGACAUCCGAGCAGUCUUCCGAGCAGCCGCCACCGAAACGAGCUCCGGCUACCGUGCACCCGCUCAAUGCUGCGGCGUCACGUGCGACGCUCUUUGAGCAACAGCGCCAGCCCUCGGCAAACAGCGUUGGCGGCAAGGCCUGCGACGCGAGCUCUCGCGCUGAGGCGAGCAUCCACGCCGGCGGCCUACGCAUCCCACUUCCGCCCUCCGGUGCCCGCUCGAUGGGCGACAGAAGCGGCUCUGGCGAAAUCGCCGCCGAGGCCGCAACUGGUACCCCUUCUCACAGGGACCCGAGCCGCGACAUCGGCGGCGGUGCGGCGACGGCGACGGCAACCGCAACGGCGACCGCAACGGCGACCGCGAGGUCCUCGACAACGUCAACGACAGCCUCAUCGUCCUCGACGUCGACAACGCUGCAGAGCUGCCGUUUCUCCUCUGAGCGCUCGUCGUUGUCGAAGGAAGAGCCAGCUAGUUCAGGCCACCACUAUCGGCAGUACCCCCGUCAGCUUCGCUCAGGUUCGUCUGUGGAGCAGCUUAGACACUGCCGGCGUCCGCAUCAACCCCAAAUCCAGGCACUGCAGCUGGAGGGCUUACAAGAGCAAUAUCCCACGAAUAGCCAACAGAAGUGUCUUCAUAAAGACACACAGCAGCAGCGGCGGCCGCAGCGUGUGCAGGCCUCUUCGAUGAUGUUUCAGGGUGGCCCAAGGUUCCCCAACUUGCCACCACACCUCCAGCCACAGCCGCUCACGCAAGCGCAGCAGCAAUCCCAUCUUCAGCAUCCGGUGUCGCAGACACAGUUCCAUCAGUCGCAGCAACAGCAGCUUGGAGCGUCUGCGGCGUCUCCUUCAGCAGCCAUGAUGCCUGGGAAGAUCUACGCCGCCACUCCGCAUGGCCGGCUGAUCUUGCUCACCCCUGACGGCGUACGAGCGCCACAGGUGCAGCCGCCUAAGCACUCACUGCCGCCACCACCGCCACCGCCUCCGCCACCGCCGUCAACCGCCACCAGCUCCGCGCUCACUGGAAACUACGUCACCGCCAGCAACUACUCUGCUCUCUUCUGCCGCAACAACCCGUUGCACUCUAUGCGUUACCCCGGCUCUCAGUCAGAGAGCGCGGGGCGGCUGGCGGGUGAGGCGGGCCGUCCCAAGGAUGAGAAGGGCACCGCGGCGACCCCCUUCAGCAGCGCAGAGCGUUCAAGCACCCAGGCGUCCAACACGACUGUCAGCUCUGUGGCAUCAGAGAAAAAUGUGCCGACGAGCCUCAACGCGGGACAGAGCCGCGACGACGCUGCGGUAAACCACGCCGAGGCCCGUGUCUCGGUGGCCCCCGCAGUGGCCACUGCUGGCAUCGUGAGUGCCGAAACACCGCCUCUUCCGGUCGGCCGCUCAGCUGCUACGACUGGUGCAUCGGCGGCGACAGGCGGCGGCAGUGCGGCAGCGCCUGCGGGUCAUGGCAGCCAACCGCCCACAGCCUCUGUAGCGCCGCUUCUCGUCUGCAGCUCCCACGGCGCCUCCGCUGGUGAGCUUGUGCAGCGUCUCGGCAGACACCCCAGCAGCAGCAGCAGCGUGAAUGGCGGUGGCCGGUCCCUCCAGCUGCCAACGUUCCCAACACACGAGGACAUCAGCACCUCCUCGUCCGCGGGUGGCGCCAACCACCCGAACCUCAACGCAGCCCCGGUUUCAUCAUCGUCUAGCAACGGCGCCGCCAUGCCGUCUCUCUCGAGAGUGCAACCCACGCUCGUCGAUUCUGACCGAAAUAUUGGGCUGAGCGUGACGAACACUCUGGCGCAGCCACCGAGCAGCGUCAAGACAGGUGGCAGCAAUGCGCAGAUUGCCGUACCUGCGAACGGCAGCGGCACCGCAGCGACCGGCUCUGAAGGAGGUGUGGUAGCGGCGGAACUGAUAGGGCCGAACAACAACGCUCUAGGCAACGCCAGCACCUUCGCGCACCUCCCCACGGCGCUCAAGCCGCACGACAGUGGCCUCGGCGCAGAUGCCACCGUCGCCAGAAACAGCGGCCAUGCUGCCCACUUUACGGAGUCGGCAUCGCAGCCUGCGAUCUCGGCCCCUGCGUCCUCCGCAUCAUACACCCCACUGGCAGCGCUCGGCUCAGCAAACGGCAGCGGCGCCGCCAAGUGCAUCUCGACGCAAAUGCCGCUUCGGCAGGAGCCGGCCGGCAACAGUCAGCUCGCAUCGCGCGCGGACCUUUUUGCACCGGCCGCGACGUCCGCCUGGCCAGACACCGUCUCUUCACCGUCCAAGCAGGCCCCGACUGGGGCGCCGCCGCUGCCGCUGCCACAGAGACAGCCGCCGCAGCUGCCGCCGUCGCAGCAGCAGCAGCAGUUCUAUAUACAAGGGCUUUCUCCUCCGCCCUCGAUAUCGCACCCCCCCCUCGGCGGCCGUCUCCACACCGCUGCCGACAACUCUGUCGUCGUGACGAUCCCCGUCACGGGCGGCGACGGCACCAUCACCGCAGCUGUCAUCGCAGUGCCACCUCCAUUCUCGUACACUGAGGCCGGAGUGCAGCAGUACUGCCUCGGAGCUCUACAGCAGCAACAUCCACAGCAACAACGACUGCACCCGCCGCCUCCGCUACAGCAGCACUUUCAUCACCAAGGCGCGCCAGCAGAGGAGCAAUCCACUGCAAGCUGUGCGGGUGAGGAGGCGGAGUGGCGGCGGAAGCAGGAUAUGAUCACGCUGCAGCUCGAGCAGCACCGCCAGCAGCUCGAAAACGAGCUUCGGAAAGUGCAACUGCAACAAGCGCAGCAGCAGCAACAACUGCAGCACGUACAGCACCAUCAUAACCAGCACAACCAACACCAGCAACAGCAGCAGCUACAGUAUCAGCAGUCUCUGCCGCCGGUACAGACAACCAUGGUCACGAUUGAUGGGCGCCUCUACCGCAUGGUGUCUGCCUCCUCAGGCGAGGCCUUUGUGAACCGUGGCCAGCCGUGCCGUGAUCUGCACUUUGUGGACAGAAGCGCUCUUGUCAGCGACGGCUCCGCGGGGGCAGACGGCCGCACUGAGGCCGCAGCUCCUCAACCGAGCAAUCACCCCGGUGUGUGCAUGCCCGUCUCCCCACAAGCCGAGCUAUCACCACAACAGCAACAGCAGCACAUGAUCAUCACCGUCGCGGGUGAUCGGAGUGCUUUAGGUGAGACCACCUCGGCGGCGGCGGCGGCGUCGCUCGCAAAGUCAUCUGCGCCUGGCACUAACGUUAUGCUGGUGAUGCCGACGCCGUCUGCCUCGCACAAGGUGAAGUACGGAUACUAG